AGAGAGAGAGAGAGAGAGAGAGAGAGAGAGAGAGAGCAGGACCUACAAGAGCAACGAAAGAAAAGAGGAAAGAAAAACGGGGCAACGACACAAAUGGCACUCAUGGCAGGGAUUUUGUUUACGGUCACCUCUUUUCUGCUUGGGAUUUCUACAUUUGUUUCGCCGGCACGGAUAUACCCCCCAAAUGAAGUCACGUUACUGGACUCCAGAGCUGUACAGGGGGAGCUGGGCUGGGUCGCGAACCCGACAGAAGGAGGGUGGGAGGAGGUGAGCAUUAUGGAUGAGAAGAACAUUCCCAUCCGGACGUACCAGGUGUGUAACGUCAUGGAGCCCAACCAGAACAACUGGCUCCGCACCGACUGGAUUCCCCGCGGUGGCGCCCAGCGUGUCUACAUCGAGAUCAAGUUCACCCUGCGAGACUGCAACAGCCUGCCGGGGGUCAUGGGAACCUGCAAGGAAACCUUUAACCUUUACUACUACGAGUCCAACAACGACAAAGAGCGCUACAUCCGCGAGAACCAGUUCGGCAAGAUCGACACCGUCGCCGCUGACGAGAGCUUCACGCAGGUGGACAUUGGCGAUCGCAUCAUGAAGCUGAACACGGAGGUCCGGGAUGUGGGCGCCUUGACCCGGAAGGGCUUCUACUUGGCCUUCCAGGAUGUUGGAGCGUGCAUCGCGCUGGUCUCCGUCAGGGUCUUCUACAAGAAAUGUCCUUUAUCGGUGCGGAACUUGGCCCAGUUUCCCGACACCAUCACCGGGGCCGAUACCUCCUCGCUUGUGGAGGUGCGUGGCUCAUGCGUGGAUAAUUCAGAGGAGAAGGAGGUUCCCAAGAUGUACUGCGGGGCAGACGGAGAGUGGCUGGUGCCCAUUGGGAACUGCCUGUGCAAUCCUGGAUACGAGGAACGCAAUGCGGAAUGCCAAGCUUGCAAGAUUGGCUACUACCGCGCCUUGGCAACGGAUGGCUCCUGCUCAAAAUGCCCCCUCCAUAGUUACUCGGUCAGAGAGGGAUCCACCUCCUGCGCCUGUGAUAAAGGAUACUUCCGCUCUGAGACCGACCCGGCAUCCAUGCCGUGCACCCGCCCGCCGUCCGCACCGCUUAAUCUCAUCUCCAACGUGAACGAGACCUCCGUCAACCUGGAGUGGAGCGCCCCCUUGAGCUCCGGAGGACGCCAGGACCUCACCUACAACGUGGUGUGUAAGCGCUGCGGGCCCGAGGGCCGGCGCUGCCAGCCCUGCGGGAACGGCAUCCACUUCAGCCCCCAGCAGCUGAGCCUGAAGGGAACCCGCGUGUCCAUCAACGACCUGCAGGCCCACACCAACUACACCUUCGAGAUCUGGGCGGUGAACGGCGUGUCGCCCCAGAGCCCUGGGCCGGAGCAGGCCGUGUCGGUGACCGUCACCACCAACCAAGCCGCUCCCUCUCCAGUGACGACCAUCCAAGCGAAGGACAUCACACGACACACCAUCUCCCUGGCCUGGCAGCAGCCGGAGAGGGCCAACGGUGUCAUUCUGGAGUAUGAGGUGAAAUACUAUGAGAAGGACCAGAAUGAGCGGAGCUACAGGAUCAUCAAAACGUCUUCCAGGAACGCCGACAUCAAGGGCCUCACCCCGCUCACCUCCUACGUGUUCCACGUGCGCGCCCGCACGGCGGCCGGAUACGGGGAGUUCAGCAACCCGUUCGAGUUCAUGACCAACUCCGUGCCCGCUCCUAUUAUUGGCGAUGGGGCCAACUCGACAGUGUUACUGGUGUCCGUGGUGGGCAGUGUGGUCCUGCUCGUCAUCCUCAUCAGCGCUUUCGUCAUUAGCCGAAGAAGGAGUAAAUACAGCAAGGCCAAGCAGGACUCUGACGAGGAGAAGCACUUGCAUCAAGGAGUGAGGAUAUACGUUGAUCCCUUUACCUAUGAGGACCCAAACCAAGCUGUCCGUGAAUUUGCCAAAGAGAUCGACGCCUCCUGUAUCAAGAUUGAAAAAGUUAUUGGAAUCGGGGAGUUCGGCGAGGUGUGCAGCGGCCGCCUGAAGAUGCCGGGGAAGAGAGAGAUCUGUGUGGCCAUCAAGACGCUGAAGGCCGGCUACACCGAUAAGCAGAGGCGGGAUUUCCUGUCCGAGGCCAGCAUCAUGGGCCAGUUCGACCACCCAAACAUCAUUCACCUGGAGGGCGUGGUCACCAAAUGUAAGCCAGUGAUGAUUAUCACAGAGUACAUGGAGAACGGAUCGCUGGAUGCAUUCCUGAGGAAAAAUGACGGUCGCUUCACGGUCAUUCAGCUGGUCGGCAUCCUGCGCGGCAUCGCGUCGGGCAUGAAGUACCUGUCAGACAUGAGCUACGUUCAUCGCGACCUGGCGGCACGCAACAUCCUGGUCAACAGCAACCUGGUGUGUAAGGUGUCCGACUUCGGCAUGUCGCGCGUCCUGGAGGACGACCCGGAGGCUGCCUACACCACUAGGGUGAGUGUGUGUGUGUGUGUGAGAGUGUGGGUGCUAUUGAGUGGUCUGUCUACGUGUCACCUUUCUUGUCUGCUUUGUCAGCUUUCAUUUGCUCAUGUUGCGUGUCAAUUACAGGGAGGGAAGAUCCCCAUCCGCUGGACGGCCCCGGAGGCCAUCGCCUACAGGAAGUUCACCUCAGCCAGCGACGUGUGGAGCUACGGCAUCGUCAUGUGGGAAGUGAUGUCAUAUGGCGAGCGGCCAUACUGGGAUAUGAGCAACCAGGAUGUGAUCAAGGCUAUUGAUGAGGGCUACCGGCUGCCCCCGCCCAUGGACUGCCCUGUGGCCCUGCACCAGCUCAUGCUGGACUGCUGGCAGAGAGAGAGGGCCGACCGGCCUAAGUUUGGGCAGAUCGUCAACAUGCUGGACAAGCUGAUCCGUAAUCCCAACACCCUGAAGAGGACCGGGGGAGAAACUGCUGUCAGGCCCAACACCACCCUGCUGGAGCCGGCCAGUCCCGAGGCGUCCUCGGCCGUGGGCUCAGUGGAGGACUGGCUGCAGGCCAUCGGCAUGGAGAGAUACAGCGACAAUUUCACCGCCGCCGGCUACACCACCCCAGAGGCCGUGGUCCACAUGACACAGGAAGACAUGGCUCGCAUCGGCAUCUCCUCGGCGGCGCACCAGAACAAGAUCCUGACCAGCGUCCAGGGAAUGCUGUCCCAAAUGCAACAGAUGCAAGGCAGAAUGGUUCCCGUCUGAGAGGUUUAAACAAAGAAAAAAAUGAAAGGAUAAAGAAGCGAACCGACUUCAUUUCUUAAGACAAAAAAACAAAUAAAUAACAAAAAAAAAAGAUUAAAUAUAAAAAAAAGAGACAAAUAAACUAUGAAGAAAUAGUUUACCUCAUCCAUGCACUUUAAAUUGGAUCUAAACGAAAAAGAAGACGACGAAGAAGAAAAAAGUGGUGAAAAUGGCACUUUUUUUUUAAUCAGACUUUUACCUUUUGCCCUUUUUUUUGUUAUUGUUGUGGAACGGGAUACUUCUGUCUGCGGCGUUUAGGGAUAGAUGGACGGACGGAUGGAGAAGUGCUUCCGAGAGGCCAAUCUGGAGUGCCUUCAACGGUCUGGAAGGAACAAUGAAGGAGGGGAAUCCUACCUUAUUUCCCUCCUCCUGGGCAGAGUGUUUGUUUCUGGAACUUUUCUUUCUGGAAUAAUCCGCGGAGCAGACUUUUUUGAUUUCCUGUGACUGUGUUUAUUGUAUAUGAAUUGUUUCUGUGGGACUCGCAGGCCGCCCCGGCCGACAUUGUUCUCUCUCAGCUGGAUCUGUUUGAUAUCCGACAGACGCAAUGGUGGAUCCCGGCCGUCAGAUAAAAAACAGUGAAUCUCUGAGAGGUUGAGGGUUGGCUUCCAGGGGGAGAUAGCCGUGCAGGGAGGGCUUAUUUUGAGGAGGUUCUUGUGUUUUUGCUCUGUUCUGGCCUUGUUUUUUUCCCAGAACGGUGUGUUUUGUUGCCCUCAGGACGUUGCCAAGAAUGUCUUUGAUCUUCCAGAGGAGCGCUCCCACCCCCUCCGCCCCCGUCCUCCGCAAAAUGCCCUCCCGCAACUCCCCAAAACAUUCGAUUUGGAUGCUUUCAUUCAUCUUCCCAUCUGAAUCAAAGCCCCCCCCGCCACCCCCCCUUCACAACCUACCAACUGUUCCUCACUGCUUUUGAUGGACAGCUGUUUGGACCGGUUGAGUCGGCUUCCUAAAAAUGGGAGACCGAAGGAGGCUACUGCGAGGAUUUAUCAGGACAAAAGGAAGCAACAAAGGCUAUACGGAUAUGUGAUAAAUCAGCGUCAUCAGCGUCACCAUCAUCGGCAUGAGGAAGAACAGGAGAAUACCUGGAGGAUAUCGCUCAGACCAUCAUCAAGCUGCUGCCGUCCGUCAUAAACAAGAUCCUGGGCUCGCUCGCCACGACCAAAAUUCCUCCUCCUCCUCCUCCUCCUCUUCUUCCUGGUCUUCCUCAACAGCCCCCUCUCCUCGGCCCCCGCCCCGCUUGGAGUCUCUUCCAACACUGACAUGACAAAUCCAUCUCCACGCGUCUGGGAGACGUUGGCCGCCACCGUCUCACCGCGUCAACCUGACAAACUAGCCGCUAUGUGCUGCGGCGGCCAUCCAACAGCUUACAGGAAACACUUUGAAUGAUUUAACAGCAUAAAAAAAAGACAUUAAAAAGAAUGUAAUAUAAUCUAGAAGCCCUGCUCCAGCGGAUAAUGUACUUGUAUUUUUUGGAUUUUUUUUUUUUUUUUCGCUUUUUGUUUCUUUUUUUUUUCCUUUCUGUUUGCAUGUAUAGAAAAAAAAUAUUUUGGUUUGCGUGUGCGAAUGUGUCUCGAGUGUGCACGGCGUGUGUGUGUGAAUGCGUGCGAGUUUAACUGUAUGACUGACAAUGUCUUCGAAGUACUAUCAGUAACGUGUCUGUUUUCAUGCCACUGUGGAGGAGGACACUACAGAGUUGUGUUGUUUUUGAUAUGAAAAAAAAAAAAAAAAGAGAAACCCUGGACUUUUUUGCUUUUGUGUCGUCUUAAAACGAUGUAAGGUGUGUUGCUCCCAUUGUGCAAGCUCUACUCGGCAACAGCAUUUAUUAAACAGCUUUCUGGAACGCAACCCAUCUCUGCUUUGGCACUACCAGUGGGCUGUAAAUGGACACACGGAGACGAGUGUGACAAAAACGCCUCCCGCCCGUACAGACACACACAGAGCAGACUACGAGUUUGGAUUCUCCGAGUUCAUGUAAAGUCAAGGUGGAAAUGGUGGAACCAUCUCUCUAUAUGUGGAAAAGGGGACAGUUUAAAAUGACGCGCCUGUGUACACUGCAAAGGAUUAGAGAAGUGGGGAUACAGGUUUUAAGAAGGGAAUAUAAUUGUUUGUUAUUAUUUUUUUUCCCCCCAUAACACACCCUCCAACUGCAGAUUGCAUCGAAUGGACUAUAUUAAUUUUCUUUUCUUUUCAACUCUCCUUAUGUGAAUGUUUCUGAACUCACAAGUGAUGCUUCACAUACUACAACAAACAAACACCUCCGUCCUUAAUGCCAGCUCUACUGCUCUUUUCUUUUGGCAGUGUUUUUGUUUUUUCUGAGGGGUUUUAUCUAUCGAAAAAAAAAAAGGACCUGUUUGGAAAUAUGCAAGACAUGUUGGGAAGGAGAAGGAAACCAGAAUGUACUGUAAAAUACUUAUUUCCUUUACUUAAAUGUUGGACAAUUUGAAAAGAAAAAAAAAACAAGAAAAAAAAAAAAACUUAACAAAACUCAAGAGUUAAUGUUUGUCAUUGUAUGCCUUCCGAUGC